UGAUAAUACAUAACCUGAAAUUAAAAGAAAAAAGCGCUCUUUAGCUGAAAAUCAGAAAAAAUGAAUAUUCAUGUUGGGGUCUAUGUACCCUUCAGGCGGACUAGCGGAUGAAAGACGUGUCGGCCGGACUACUUUCCGCAAUUCCGCCUAUUAUUUAUAUAAUGUAUUUAGUUAGCUACGAAACUAAAGUAUUUACUUAAAACAUCUAAUUUUAAGUUAUAAUAAAAUAUUUUACCACAUCAGAAAAAAAAAAUGCUGUAUAACGUAUUACUAUGGGUGGGAACUAAUGGCUUAUGACCUUGUUGACGUAAUACGGCGGGCAAAAGAAAUAUUUUCCCUGGUGAUUAAAUUCUUCAGACUUUAUAAGCACAGUCUUUAUAAACGCAGUUAUUGUGAGAUAACUGGAAUGAGAACUACGAUCAUUUCUGAAGCGAACGGCUUCAUUCAGUUUCUAAAGUUAUGCCAGGAUGCCUCCAAAGAUGACUGGUUCCAUCAGGAGGAUAUUAGAAUAUCAAAACGCACAGAUGAACCUCUGCUCAGUAUAACUGAAGGAAUCCAGCCUGUCUUCAUCUGUGAAAAAAUGCCACCGCAAACUGGGCGUGAGGAUUCAGAAAGCACAGAAGAAACCAGUUUCGAAGGAGUGCCUGUUAAACUGCAGCAGCAAGACAUCGGGCCACUCCCACUCACGAUCAACAGAGCACGGCAGCUGCUGUCAUGGUACACCAUGUGUCAGAACCCCAACAUGUCCCAGGUGGGGGCACAUGUCCUACACCCUCUCUGGAUACGCUGUGACAUGCAGGACCCUGCUGGCACUUCCUGGUUGGGGUCGGAGACAGUCUAUGCUGGCAGCAAAGCUACAGCUGUAAAGCUCUAUUCAGUCAGUUGCAAAGGCGCAGCAGUGGAUGCAGCCUCUUGUAUCACGAUGGAUAAACUCAAGCAAGAACAUCAGAACAGACUCCAUUCCUCGACUGUGUUGACAAAAGGCUGGGCUGAGUACAAUCUCUUCUGCUCAGUGAAGGAGGAGAGCAUUGUUAUUGACUCUCAGAGCAGCGUAACGGCCAGCUUCAGAUGGAACGACGUAGAGAAGAUGCUGGAGACCCCUCCUCUAUCAUCUGCAGUCACUUUGCAUAUCAAAGUGGCAGCUGGAGAUAUCAGGAGCCCAAUGUUUCAGACCUACAGAGAGCUAGAAUUCCUAUUGACUCUGGCCGAAGGCUUAAGGACUGGGGAGAUUGAGUGGUUGGAGCCGCUGGUGACGCAGUCUGCAGUGGACUUGACCAGAUCGCUUAUUGAGGAGCUAGAGAACAUUGCAAAUGCAGUUCCAGGCCAGACUUUAAAAGGAUCUGAGAACCAGAAGACUAAAACAGACUCAGUAAUAGGUUUCAACACCAUGCAAAUUGAGAGAGGAGACCUGGAUUUUACAGAACAUCUCUGGGAGAAGAUGAGGAAGAGUGUGACAUCAUAUCAAGACAUAACAGACUCUCUGAAUUUAGUCAUUAAAGCUGUGCGAUUUGGUCAGAUUAAACCUUGGGUCCACAGGGACAGCAGCAGUUCUCUGAGUGAACUGAUAGUGAAGUCAUACCAGCACCAGGUGGAGCCGGUGCUCCUCGCAGGUCACACCCCCGCCAUCAUGCUGCUGGAGCUGGGCCUAGACAAAAUGCGGAAAGAUUACAUCAACUACCUUGUCGGGAAGGAGCUGACAACUCUCAACCAUCUGAGUUACUACUUGAGCAGCGAGGUGGACCUGCAGGAGCAGGUGAUGAGACUGAGGAAACUGCACCACCUGCUGGAGAUCCUGGGCACCUGCAGUAGCUUUCUCAGCCUUCCACACGAGCGCCUCUUUUUCUUCACUCAGUCAUGCUUGCAGUACUACAAAACAGCACCUUAUGAUGAAGAGCAUAUAUUUGAAAUGCAAAUCAAACCUGCUCUCAUCAGCCACUUCUAUCAGACGGAGCAGCCAUCUUCCUGGGGAGUAGUGGUGUCCAGCGGCCAGGGGUCACGAGAGGUCAAGACCACAUUUCAUCUCAGUGAUAGGCCUCUGGUGGAUCACGUCACCUUUGACUCAGAUCCACCACUGGAAGAGUCAUUGAGUACAGAGAAUGAGAAGACUGCUUAUUUCAGAACUAUGGUGUGCUGUAGCCUGGCCAGCUUUGGUUAAGAGGUCUGUCAAUUAAAAAAAUUGUCUGUACACUGAUUUGUUUGUAAUAAGGAAAUUGUAUAUGCAAUAAUUAGCAUUUUAGUUACAAUAUUUGGUAUUGUAUCUUAAUGUUAUUUGUAUAUGUUCAGUAUUCCACUAUGAUGAAAUCAUAGAAAUGGUUGUAAAGCUAAACUUCAAGCAUUUACAAAGCAACAACUUUUGAAUUAUCUCAAAUGAAUCUAGAGCGAAUGUAUAAUUCAGGUUCCUAUAGGUAUGGGUAAACGCUGCCGAGCUCCUGCAUGCCUGUGCUUUCAU